CUUAAUAGCAGGAACAGAGUAGAGAACGGAGAUAGUAAAGAAGAAGCAAAUGGCUACCGUUGGCGUUAAUAGUAACGACGAGAGAAGGAAGAAAACGGAGGUAGCGAGGCAGCAUAUAGAAGAGAUACGGAGUCGAAAAUUCUCGAUAGGGCAGAAAUCCCUGAACCCAUUAACUCAAGAUCUCCACAACGCGGUUACCAGUCUCUCCAAAGAGCUCUACACCAAAGACGUUCACUUUCUAAUGGAGCUCAUCCAGAAUGCAGAAGACAAUGAGUACCUAGCGGGAGUAGAACCCACACUGGAGCUUGUUCUAACAAGGUCGGAUAUAAUUGGGUUGGGUGCCUCUGCAACGCUGUUGGUGUUCAACAACGAGGUUGGUUUUUCUAAGGAGAACAUUGACUCCCUUUGCAGCAUUGGUAGAUCCACUAAGAAGGGUCAGAGACACCAAGGCUUCAUCGGGGAAAAAGGAAUCGGGUUCAAGAGUGUGUUUCUUGUCAGUGGGCAGCCACACAUUUUUAGCAACGGCUACCAAAUUAGGUUCGAUGAAGCUCCUAAUCGCGAUUGUGGUAUUGGCUACAUUGUCCCAGAGUGGGUCUCCAGAAUGCCAACUAUUUCAGAUCUACAAGCCAUCUACGGGCCUAUCAAAACCCUUCCAGCUACCACAAUUAUUCUCCCGCUAAAGUUUGAGAAACUGGAAACCGUGAAGAAACAUCUCUCAGAGAUCCACCCGGAAGUCCUCCUCUUUUUGCAAAAGAUCAAGAGGUUGUCAGUACGUGAAAACAGGUGUUCAUCUUUAGAGGAUUCAGUUUCUGCAAUUUCCAUUUCCGGUGAGACUAAUCUCAUUUCCACGCAGAAUCAAGGAACAGAUUCGCGCAUUGUCCAUCUUUCUGUUCAGGAGGGCUUAGCCAUGGGUGAGGCCACAUGCCGCUAUUACAUUUAUAGACAACGCUUCCCUGUGAAACCUGAGAAUGUGGUGGAUUCUAGAAAGGAUUUAAAUGAAUGGGCUAUAUCUGUGGCUUUUGCGUUUGGAGAUAGACUAACGAGAGGGACUUCUUCUGUUGGUGUCUUUGCCUUCCUGCCUACUGCGAUGGUGACUAACUUUCCCUUCAUAGUGCAUGCAGAUUUCAUUCUUUCAUCUUCGAGAGAAUCAAUAAAGUUGGAUAACAAGUGA